AUGGGAUCAAGUUGUUCUAUUUUGAACGAUACCGAAUACGAUGUCUGGAUCACGGACAGAAUCAACUGGCCGGUUCUCAUAGGAGUUUCUGCUGGUGUCUCCGCCCUGUUACUAAGUGCAGGAGUAAUUGCUGCUUUUCUAGUACUCGGUCCGGAAGGUGGAGGCGAGCUCACCGCCAAUAUGAAAAAAGAUAUGAAAAAUAUUGUCACAGUUACCGCGGAUGCUUUUCAAUCGCCGUUAGGGCGCGAAGUCUUGAAUUUAUCAAUCGAACGCCUGGCUAUGGCGUUGAAUAUUACAGAAAAGCAAGCUGAAGAUCUUCAAAACUACGUUCGAGAAUUCCAAGCUGAAGCUAAGCUAAUCCGCCCUGGUGAGAAGUACACAUGGUCAGGCACUCUAUCGCUAACUAGGAGAGUGCAUGUUAUGAAUGAAUUGCUUCAGUUUGAUGACAAAGCCUGUUUUACAGGUCCUACAGCUGGUUCUGAAAACGUUUAUCGGAUAUCAGAGCACUUCACAAGACUGGAUGUCCGGAAAAGGUAA